UGAAGUCAUGCCAUGUCUCGGGUUGUGGCUAAGAGCUGAAGGAAGGACUGAAGGAGAAAAGAUCUUCAAGUUGGGAAGUUAGAAUUUGAUACGGCAUUGAAGGAUUCAGUGCAUUGAAGCCCUCCUGAGCACGGCUUUUGAGCUUUAAUGGCGGCCUGUUCUGGGGUUUUUUUCUCCUCAACGGCUAAACCCAGUUUGUUGGUGGGAGAAGUAUCUUGAAUUAGAAACCGGUACAGGAUCAUUCUCUACUUUUCUGAUUCAGGUUUGAAAUUUGGUUUCUUCCUUUACAUAGUUCUACUUUUCAGACUGGGUUUGUGUUGAAUUGAGCUUGAAUUAAUUUAUUUUCUGAACCGCCCAAAGCGAACCGAGAAAUAUUGCUUUUUCUUUAGUCAUGCCUUGCUCUGCCCCUUCCGUGACAAGUCAUUUAAAUAGAAUCUGCAGAAAGGCAUGGUCUUGUUAUCAGUUACUCAACUUUUCCGUGUCGUGUUCUGUUGAAAGCAUAGAAUUUCCAGACGAAAGAAUUAGUCCUGACAAUAACGGCGAAAUCCCAUACCAAAACCUAAAUUUGUACUAUACAUUGCAGCGUGGUAUGCAGAAUUAUGCGGCUUCUGGUUUUUACAAAGAAGCUUUACACACCUUAAAUCUCAUGAGUCAGAUAACUGGGAAGCUAACUGUGUAUGAUUGUAAUUCGUUUAUGUACUAUUAUCUAAAGUCAAGAAAAGCCUCGAUGCAAAAUUUAGUUGAAGUGUAUGGUCUAAUGAGAGGAUUUGGUACUCCUCCGAAUGCCUUGACUUAUAAUACUCUCUUGAAUGGAUUACUCUCUUUAGGGACAUUGCAAUAUGCAUUUUAUUUCACAGAGGAGAUGUAUAGAAAUGGAUUUAUACCAUCUUUCAGUCUUUUGUCGAGGUUAUUGAAAAAGUCUGUCAAGUUGGGGAAUUUAAUGGGUUCUCUUUAUGUGUUCAUACUGAUGUUGAAAUUGGAGUAUUCUCCAACCGAAACCGCUUCAAACAUGUUGAUUUUUAGCCUCAGCAGAGCUCAAAAAGUUAACGAGGCAAAUUUUGUGCUCUCUGUGCUUUUGGAUGGGAGCUUUUUUCCUACUUUGUGCAGUUAUAAUUCAAUUCUUUGGGCUUUAUGCAAGUCUGGCCAGAUUUAUACUGCUUUGGCACUGUUUUGUUCUCUGAAGAAAAAGGGGCUUGUUAAUGAUGUGUCCUCAUAUUCAGCUUUGGUUCACGGAUUUAGCAGAGAAGGGCUAUGGGAAGAAGCUUAUCAUGUUUUAGAAGAGAUGCAGAAGGACGGGUGUACAGCUAAUGCCAUCACCUACACUACCAUCAUUAAGUUUCUUUGUGAUGAUGGGAAGAUCAAAGAGGCUUUCUUCCUAUUGGAUAGAAUGGAAAAGGAAGGAUGUGAACCAGAUUUGGUUACAUACAACAUAAUUCUUCGUGCACUUUGUCACAAAGAUAGAAUUUUAGAAGCUUUUGAGCUCCUUCGUGUUAUUGAUGGAAAAGGGUUAUCUCCUGACCCAUUCACCUAUACUGCUUUGGCUGGGGGGUUGUUAAAAGUAGGAAAAACAGGGAUUGCAACUCAGUUCUUGCUUGCUUUCUUCUCCAGGGGCUGUUUAGUGGAUGUUGCUACUUACAACAUCUAUUUCCAUUGUUUAUGUAACGAAGGUAAAUCAGGAGAAGCAUUAUUACUGUUAAAAAGUAUGAUGGAACAUGGUUUUACACCAAAUCACAUGACAUAUAACACAAUUUUAAAUGGAUUCUGUAAGGAUGGUAAUGUGGAUGAAGCAUUGGAGCUAUUUGAUCACUUUGAAAGGGCUGAUAAUGGGCCUGACUUGGUUUCCUUUAAUACAAUUAUGGCCAUGGCUUGCAAGCUGGGAGAUUCUGCAAUGCUGCAAAGGGUCUUGGAUCGUAUGGAAAGUGAAGGCGUCACACUUAAUAUAAUUGGUUCAACUUGUCUGAUUCAAUAUUUCUGUAAAAUGCAGAAGUUCAACGAGUGUUUUGAGCUUUUGGAGAGUAUGAUCUACAAUGGCCCUACUCCUACUAUAGUCACUUACAAUGUGUUUUUGGACAACCUUUGCAAGGAAGGGUUAGUCGGAACUGCAUAUCGGAUUUUUAGGCACCUUAAAAGCAGCGGACCUUCUCCUGAUACAAUUUCAUACAAUAUUCUUAUAAAUUCUUUCAUGCAUGAAGGAGAUGAUUGGAUGGUGGAACAGUUGUUAAGGGAUAUGUACAACCAGGGAAUUCAGCCGGAUUUGGUUACAUAUGGGUCCUUUAUCUGUAGCCUCUGUAAAAAAGGGAAGAUAUCAGUUGCCCUCCUCCUGCGGGACCAGAUGGUAGAGGCUCGGCUUAAGCCAAAUAUCACCAUAUACAAUAUCUUAUUGAAAUCCAUGUUUCGAAGUGGCAAAUUGUGGGAGGUUAUCUUGCUAUUGAAAGAGAUGGCUGUAAACGGACUUGAGCCAGAUAUGAUUUCUGCUGAUAUUCUAAAUCAAGCUAUUUCUAAAGGCCGGAUGAAGAGAUUCCCCAAGGCCAUGAAAGCUUUUGAACUCGUGAUUGGCAACAACUUCUGCAGAGAAACUUAUGUUGGCGAAAUAACAGGCUGAAAGACUAGAAAACUGAUCUUUUGUGAAUUUGCAUGUUAUUGCUUGUGGUUUCAAGGUCAACCAGAUUGGAUUGGUUUUGAUAAAGCUUUCCUAGAAGAUGUUUACAUGAAAACAGGCUGUCCACCAGAAGCUCUCUA